AUGGGUGGCCUAUUUGGGUCCUCCUCAGCGGAUUGGGUGGCGGAGCUUGCGCUAAACAUUGCCAUAGAUAUGGUGAACACCAACCCAGAGUUACUCCCCAACGUCACCAUCAGUGCAGUCCUCAACAGAACACAGCAUUACCUAACAAGCUUCAGGAACAUACAGAACACUUGCUAUCAGGCAACGCAAGGAAUCGUUGCCGUCAUUGGACCAGCGACCACCACAUCGGUCAAGGCAGUUCAUCCAGUAUGCGCAGGACUACAGAUCCCACAUAUAGCUCCUUGGGCCACGGACCCCACCCUGACAGACAACAUCAACCAGUACCCUUACUUGGUCAAGAUGAUGCCCCCUGACAGUAUGCAAAGCAAAGCCAUCGCAGCCUUUGCGGAAAAGCACGACUGGAACAGAUUAGCGUUGUUUACUUCGACAAGCGACUACGGGAUUAACGGCGUACGAGAGUUUCAGAAGAUCGCUGCUCAGAGGGACUGGACUAUAGUUUCCUCCGAACAGUAUAACCCGAUUGACAAGCCGGAAGAGCUCAACGUGGAGCCCCAGCUGCGAAGUAUACGAGAUAAAGGAGUUCGAGUUGUAAUAUUGAACGGCCUUGCGGAACACGCACGUGUAAUUCUGAAGCAAGCAAAGGCCUUAGGUAUGACGGGACAUGGUUGGGCCUGGGUCGUCACAGAUGGAAUCACCUCAAUAGAGGGUCUGUAUGACCCAUGUCAACCUGUCCCUGACCACCUGUUGGGGAUAGUGGGUACCAGGGUGUCUGUAGGCAGAGGAUCGCAUUAUAAAGAACUUUUGCGAAGACUCAAACUCGCCAGGUCUCAGGGAGGCAGGGGAAGCAGACCAGGACGUGUCAACUGUGGAGGGUUCGUGGACGUUUACGCGUACGCAACGUUCGACUCCGUGAUGGCACUCGCGUACGGCCUGCACGACUUCCUGAGCUCGGGGAGGAACCUGUACGCUCCCGACCUGCCGUGUAACGUCUGCGAAGGCGCCCCAGGGGCUCACCCGUGGGACCAAGGCUCCACCCUCUAUCAGUUCAUCAAACAGCUUCCUGACGUGGCGUCAGGGACAAACGACUGCAGCAGAGGGUCGUAA